AUGAAGAGCUCCAAUAACUCUCUGGAAUUCUUACCUACAACAUUCAUUCUAGUUGGCAUCCCAGGGCUGGAAGAAGAGCACAUUUGGAUGUCCAUUCCAUUCAGCCUGAUGUACAUUAUCAUCUUCCUUGGGAAUGGCACCAUUAUUCAUGUCAUCAGAACAGACGCUGCCCUACACCAGCCCAUGUACCUCUUUCUUGCCAUGUUGGCACUGGCUGAAGUUGGUGUCUCUGCAUCCACUCUGCCUACAGUGCUAGGCAUCUUCCUUUUUGGAACCACUGAGAUUAGUUUUGAUGCAUGUCUCCUCCAGAUGUUUUCCAUCCAUUCUUUCUCCAUUAUGGAGUCAGCUGUGUUGCUGGCCAUGUCUGUCGACCGAUUUGUGGCCAUCUACAGCCCACUGCGCUAUACAGCCAUCCUAACCCUGCCCCGCAUCUUUGGCACAGGAGCUGUCAUUGGGCUGAAAAGCAUUAUGCUCAUGGCCCCAUUGCCCAUGCUCUUACGGCGCCUGCCCUUCUGUGGUCACAAUGUCCUCUCCCAUUCCUAUUGCCUUCACCCAAACCUCAUCCAUCUACCUUGUGGGGACAUUUCUAUCAAUAAUAUCUAUGGGCUUUUCAUUGUUACCUCCACUUUUGGGCUGGAUUCGCUACUCAUUGUGGUCUCCUAUGGGCUUAUACUCCACACUGUACUGAAUAUUGCCACUAAGGAGGGGCGUAAGAAGGCACUGAACACAUGUGGUUCACAUGUCUGUGCUGUGCUCGCUUAUUAUGUGCCUAUGAUUGGCUUGUCAAUGGUGCACCGUUUUGGUCACCAUGUGUCCCCUUUGCUGCAUGCUAUGAUGGCCAAUGCUUACCUAUUCUUCCCACCCGUUGUCAACCCCAUUGUGUACAGCAUUAAGACCAAGGAAAUCCGCCGUGGCAUUGUCCGAAUGCUAUCAGAGAAGAGAUCCAGAGUUUAG